CGGAAGCACGCCGGGACUGACACGUGGCCCUGGGCGGCGCUGCCCGUGUGGGGUGUGGGUCGGAGAGGCGGGCGCCCUCCGCUGCCCGGAGAGACGGGUCGGAGAGGCGCUGCGCCCGCGGACGGCUGCCCCCGAUGCAGCCGCUACCAGCAGCGGAGGAGGCCCGCAGGGACGCGGCCGAGGAAGCCCAGUGGUCCAGGCCCGAGUGCCAGGCAUGGACGGGGACGCUGCUGCUGGGCACGUGCCUGCUGUACUGCGCCCGCGUCAGCGCGCCCGUGUGUGCCGUGUCCAUGAGCCAGGACUUUGGCUGGAACAAGAAGGAAGCUGGCGUCGUGCUCAGCAGCUUCUUCUGGGGCUACUGCCUGACUCAGGUGGUGGGCGGACACCUGGGGGACCGGAUCGGGGGUGACAAGGUCAUCCUGCUGUCCGCCUCCGCCUGGGGCUGCAUCACCGCCGCAACCCCGCUGCUCGCCCGCCUCGGCAGCGCCCACCUGCUCUUCAUGACCUUCUCGCGCAUCCUCACGGGCUUGCUCCAAGGGGUCUACUUCCCGGCGCUGACCAGCCUGCUGUCCCAGAAGGUGCGAGAGAGCGAACGAGCCUUCACCUACAGUGCUGUGGGGGCCGGCUCCCAAUGUGGGACGCUGGUGACGGGGGCCGUGGGCUCCCUGCUCCUGGACUGGUACGGCUGGCCAAGCGUCUUCUACUUCUCUGGCGGGCUCACCCUGCUGUGGGUGUGUUACGUGUACAGGUACCUGCUGAGUGAAAAAGAUCUCCUCCCGGCCGUGGGUGUCCUGGCGCGAGGCCUGCGGGUGCCCAGGCGCACCAGAGUUCCCUGGAGACAGCUCUUCCGGAAGCCCUCUGUCUGGGCCGCAGUCUCCUCCCAGCUGUCAUCUGCCUGCGCCUUCUUCAUCCUCCUCUCCUGGCUGCCCACCUUCUUUAAGGAGACGUUCCCCAGCUCCAAGGGCUGGGUCUUCAACGUGGUGCCCUGGCUGGUGGCCAUCCCUGCCAGCCUGUUCAGCGGGUUCCUCUCUGACCAUCUCAUCAAUCAGGGUUACAGAACCAUCACUGUGCGGAAGUUCAUGCAGGUCAUGGGCCUUGGCCUGUCCAGUGUGUUUGCCCUGUGUUUGGGUCACACCUCGAGCUUCUGUAAAUCUGUGGUGUUCGCAUCAGCCUCCAUUGGCCUGCAGACCUUCAACCACAGCGGCAUUUCCGUCAACAUCCAGGACCUGGCGCCGUCCUGUGCCGGCUUCCUGUUCGGUGUGGCCAACACAGCGGGGGCCUUGGCAGGUGUUGUUGGCGUGUGCCUGGGAGGCUACCUCAUCGAGACCACGGGCUCCUGGACGUCCAUGUUCAACCUGGUGGCUGCCAUCAGCGGCCUGGGGCUGUGCACGUUUCUGCUGUUUGGAGAGGCCCAGCGGGUGGACCUGAGCCCCACCCACGAGGACCUCUAGCUGUGCGGCUUGGCGGCUCCCCGAGGACCCAGUGCCGCCCGCCUCGGGGCGACAGGCUCUGUUGAAGGGCCUCCCGCUCCUGGGUGUGUGAGCAGAGGGGGCCGCGCCCCAGCAGAGCCUGGGCAAGCCUGGGCGGGCCUCAGGUUCUCCACCUGCCAGAGAGGUGAUCGUGCCCUCCCCUCAGGGUGCGUGGGCUGGCAGGGGUGAGUGCGGUCGGUAUUUUUAGUCGCUGCUGCGUUAUUACAGUCUGCUCCCCGUAGGUCCUCGUGCCCACAUGGUCACUGAGAGGGAGUGCUGCCUGUCAUCGCAGGGGUGCGGGCACCACGCAAUUGGACUGUUCCCCUCAGACCUGCUCUGCUUUGCUUCUUGGCCCUUGGAGCCAGGUCAUUCUUCCUGGGGGGGGGUGCUGUCCUGUGCACUGUGGGGUGUUUAGCAGCUGGCCCCCACCUACUAGGUGACCCCCCAGUCGUGACAACCAGGCUUCACCCUGUGUCCUCAGGGACCGUGUCCUGGGCCAUAAUGGCGGCUCUGAUGGAGUCUGUUGGGGUUUUGGACUAGAUGCCCUUGCCCAUCUUUGGGGCCCCCCCGGCACCCCCUGUGGGUCCCUCUCUGCCACGGAGGGUUCUGGGGACCAGGGAGCCCUCCCACCUUGUCCUUCUCUCUCUCAUAAUGAGGAACUGGUCGUCUCAUGAGUUUGUAGUAGAUUUUGCAAGAUGUAUAUGUAGAAAAACUAAGAAUGUGGAGAGAUCACACCAGACUUAUUUAAAUGAUGGCUAUUAAACUGGGAAAGGAAGACUG